AUGGGCAGAAGGUGGGGUCUUGUCAGAACGGACGGCUGCAGGCUGUGCUGGUAUCCACGUGUUACAGAUCCUGCGGCGGAGGGAGUCCCUUGCAAGGGGGUCCCCCAACCACGCUCGCAGUCCGCCAUGCAGCCUGGCAGAAGCGGAGCAACAGCAGAUGACGUCAGCAGGCCCGAGGAUGUCAGCAGCUCGAAGGAGGCUGCGGAAGAAUCGCCAGAGGCGGUCAGUUGGGUGCGGCGAAAGUGGGCGGAGAACCGAGCGGAGUAUGAAAGAUUACGGGGGGUGCUGAAGGACCUUGGUCUUGCGGGCUUCCUCUCAUACGGCCUCUUCAACACGGGCUACUAUCUGGUCUCGUUCCUCUUUGUCUGGUUCUUUGUCUCACCAUCACCUGGCGGGCUGGGCGUUGCGCAGGCGGCUAAAAGGUUCAUCAAGAUCUUUGCCAUGGUGUGGGCCGGGAGUCAAGUGACGAAGCUACUGAGAGCUGGGGGGGCCCUCUUGCUGGCGCCGUUGGUCGACCGAGGUCUCGACUGGUUCACGGCCAAGGGCAGCUUCCGAUCGAAGAGCCAGGCCUUCUGGGCAAUCGUGGGGUCGUGCAUUGCACUCGCUCUAGUUAUCUUCGUGGUGAUAGUGUCGCUCUGGGCAUGAGAAAAAAACGCACAAGAGCUUUGGUGCACCGACAUGGUGUCAUCUGCCACGUCUCAACGUAGCCGAUGCAGCAGGGUAGCUUGCUCCCUGCGGGGUUUCCAAUGAGGUGGCACUGCGCAUCGUUUUGUUGUGUAUGGGCUUCUCUACAGAAUUCGUCUUGGACAAGCUGGGAUUGCAAGUCGCUAACUCUAGUCCUCCGCUCGUAACGAUCCAGCCAAGCGCAGUCGCUUUGGAGUACAACGUGUGCCCAUGUGUUGUUCCCCCCGUGUGACGUCUUUCAGAGCUUUGACACACUGACACACAGACCGUUACAAGAUUGUCGAGGAUGGUUCCAAAGGAAGCGUCUAGAAGGGCAUGCGUGUGUUUCGCCGCCUCCUGAAUGGCAGUCGACGGUGACGAUCAGUCAGGACGCUCGGCAUCAACUUGCUAGCUUUCAAAAUUCACACAGG